AUGUUCGCCAAGCUCAUCACCUCGUCUCUUCUCCUCCUCGCCGCGGCCUCCUCCGUCAGCGCACACGCCGCAUUUGCACCUGCGCUCGGUGUAGCCGGUGCACCCGCCCGCUCGGACGUUCAGCGUCCCAGCACCAAGGCGCAGUGCGGUAACGCCAACAUCGCUACGGCGUUGGCGUCUAGCACGGCUGUUCCGCUCGCCGCUGACGGGACGUUCACUGUCACGGCUACGGACUUCAACGCCGGCGCGGACGGCUCGCGCGCGGUUAAGACUGCUGUUGUCGAUGCUACAGGCACCGGCAAGACUUUUGCUGGUACCGUUGCUAUCAAGACGAACGGCAAUGCCAAACCUACGACGGUCGGCUCGGACCAGAUCACGCUCCAGAUGCCCGCCGGCACGACCUGCACGGGCGGCGCAGACGGCGCGUCAUGCCUCGUCUCGCUCACCACCACCGCCGGCUUCGGUAACUGCGUUGUCGUGAGCAGCGCCGCCACCGCCGGUACCGCGGCCGCUGGCACCGCAGGCACCGCGGCAGCAGCUGGAGCCGCCGGAAGCGCGACCACCGCCGCCGGUGCCGCCACUACGACCACCACCGGCAAGAAGGUCAAGAACCAGGGCGUCGGCUCGGCCGCUGCUCAGGCUGCUGCUGCCGCGAAGGCGCAGAGGCAGCAGGCUAAGGCCGCCGCCGCCGCCGCCAAGCAGGCGAAGGCGAACCAGGCGCAGAACUAA